AAUAUACAUGUUUUGGAGUUUUAUGAAUUCUUUUACAAAUUGGCCGGUGAAAAAAAAAUGUAAACGCAUUUUGGAAAGAAAUUUGGACAAAUCCUGACUUUCUGAGCUCAACAGACCAGCCUAUAAACGGAUUAUGGAGCUCUAUCACUUCCUCUGCUUUUUCUCUAUAAUAACCUCCUGCUCAGGUUCAUGGCUGGGUUUCAAUGAAAACCCAGACCUGGAUCCAAGAUCUUAUAACCUGGACUGGAUGAAGUCUAUACCUGAAGAGACCCCACUAUCUGCUAUCUCCAUUCCUGGAACACACGAAAGCUUAACAUUAUAUGGAGGACCACUUGCUAUAUGUCAAGUUUGGAAUUUGAAGCAGCAACUUAAAGUGGGAGUACGAUAUUUUGACUUGCAUGCUGGGAUUUGGUUGCCUACACAAAAAAAUGUUUAUAUUCGGGAUAGUCACUGGAUGUUUUGGCAGCAUACUGAAUUAGAUAAUGUCUUCAGAGACAUUCUUGAUUUCUUAAGAGACCACAAAAGUGAGACGGUGAUUUUGAAAGUGACAUUACAUGGUCUUUACAAGAAAAAAGUUGCGCAGUUGACAAAGGAAUUAAUUGACAACUUCAGAAAUAAAAUAUGGACAAAGACAAUGACACCAAACAUGAAGGACGCAAGGGGCAAUAUUGUUUUUCUCCAGACUGAUGUGUUUCAUGCUGGAACAGAAAACCAUGACUCACGUUUCUUUGAACGCAAUAGGCUCAAAAAUGUAGAAGAGAGACUAAAGCAAAUCAAGUCACACAUCUGUGAACAUCACAUUGUGGUGACUGAGACAUCAACGUCACUUUUUAACAGUCCAAAAACGUUUGCUCAAAAUGUUAACAAGUGGCUUUACAACUUUGUGGAGCGGCAUAAAAAAAUCUCUAAAAACUAUGGUUGCUUAGGUGUCAUAAGUAUGAACUUCCCAAGUACUCAGCUGAUUAAAAACAUCAUUCAGCUCAAACCAUGUGAAUGUGGCCAAAGACCAGGAAGAGGAGGAAGUGGAAAGGAGCAACAAAAACCAUUUGGGCCAAAGAUUAACUCAGAAGUACCAUCAUCUGAGCAACAUACCACCAGUUCACCUGAAUCACCACAACAACCUGAACCAGCGGCUGAACCAACUAAUCCACCUGCACCAAGAGGUGCACCUCAACCAGUCACUGCACCUGAACCAACAGUUACACCUGAACCAGUACCUGAACCAUCCACUGCACCUGAACCAGUACCUGAACCAACAGUUGCAGCUGAACCAGUACCUGAACCAUCCACUGCACCUGAACCAGUACCUGAACCACCCACAACACCUGAACCAACAGCUGCACCUGAACCAGCAGUUACACCUGAACCAGUACCUGAGCCAUCCACUGCACCUGAACCAUCCACUGCACCUGAACCAGUACCUGAACCACCCACAACACCUGAACCAACAGCUGCACCUGAACCAACAGUUACACCUGAACCAGUACCUGAACCAACAGCUGCACCUGAACCAGUACCUGAACCAACAGCUGUACCUGAACCAGUACUGGAACCAACAGCUGCACCUGAACCAGUACCGGAACCAUCCACUGCACCUGAACCAACAGCUGCACCUAAACCAGUACCCGAACCAACAGCUGUACCUGAACCAGUACUGGAACCAACAGCUACACUUGAACCAGUACCUGAAUUAUCCACCGCACCUGAACCAGUCAUUGAACCAACAGCUGCACCUGAACCAGUACCUGAACCAACAGCUAUACCUGAACCAGUACCUGAGGCAUCCACUGCACCUGAACCAGGACCUGAACCAUCCACUGCACCUGAGCCAACAGCUGCACCUGAACCAGGACCUGAACCAUCCACUGCACCUGAGCCAACAGCUGCACAUGAACCAGUAAUUGAACCAACAGCUGCACCUGAACCAACAGCUGCACCUGAACCAGGACCUGAACCAUCCACUGCACCUGAGCCAACAGCUGCACCUGAACCAACAGUUACACGUGAAGCAGUACCUGAACCAUCCACAACACCUGAACCAACAGCUGCACCUGAAUCAGUACCUGAACCAACAGCUGCACCUGAACCAGUACCUGAACCAUCCACUGCACCCGAACCAGUACCUGAACCAUCCACUGCACCUGAGCCAACAGCUGCACCUGAACCAACAGUUACACCUGAAGCAGUACCUGAACCAUCCACAACACCUGAACCAACAGCUGCACCUGAAUCAGUACCUGAACCAUUCACUGCACAUGAACCAACAGCUGCACCUGAACCCACAGCUGCACCUGAACCAAUACCUGAACCAUUUACUGCACCUGAACCAACAGCUGCACCUGAACCAACAGCUGCAUCUGAACCCACAGCUGCAUCUGAACGCACGGCUGCACCUGAGCCAAUACCUGAACCAUCCACUGCACCUGAGCCAACAGCUGCACCUGAACCAACAGCUGCACCUGAACCAACAGCUGCACCUGAACCCACGGCUGGACCUGAACCAAUACCUGAACCAUCCACUACACCCAAACAACCAGAUGCAACUAAAGGAACUGCUGCACCUGAACCACUAUCAUAAGUCUGGAUAAAUGUGGAGUUUUGGGGAUUCUCCUAAAGAGUCUUAAGCCAGACCGAAAAGAAAAUCACAAGCAUUAUGGGUUUUAUUUACUCAAUUAUAAUAGAAAAUAUUGUGUUGUCAAGUCACAAAAAAACAUACAAAAAAACCUCCCCAAAAAACCAACCAUAGAUCUUCUCCUGCAUAAGAAAGUGGUUCUAAGCCCCCAACUCAAUCUGAGACAAUAAAAACCUUCAUGGUAAAACAUAAGACUACUAUGUUAACUUAGAAUGUGUUAAAACAUGUGAUUAAAUUGUAACCCAUAAAAUACAGAAAAAAUGUACUGUCUGCAUUUAAUUACAGUAUAUUAAAGCCCAACUGCUUCAUAUUAACACACAGCAAAUGAAAGCUUUACCACAAAACAAAUGUGUGAGAAAUUUAACAAGGAGCUAAGUUUGUCUCUGUUAAGCCGACUUUUGGGAGAGAAACAGACCUAUUAGUAAUGGAGAAGAAUUUCACCUUUAUUUAUUGAAUUGUAGCAGUGAUUGCCAGUUAUUUUUCUCUUUUGUUUGCUUAUGUGAUAUUAAAGUUAGUAAACUGAGGUUUUCCCAGCAGGAAUGCCGAACAUUGCCUGGUUUCAACUUUUAAAACUGAAUGUCUUGAUGCAUGCUUAA